AUGCGGCGAGGCACUCGUUUUGUGAGCGAUUCUCUUCAAUUUACGGGUGUGGAUUUGGGUGAUCGGGACAGUGGCACGUUUCGCCGCCGACAGUUUGGCGCUUCGGAAGAUGACAGCGAUGCGACUUCGGACGAGAGUGAUAGUGAGGGUGACUCGGAUGAUAGUGAGGAUAGUGAGGACAGCGACUAUCUCGAUUUGUCGGGCUUGAGUCCGGAAGAGAGGGAAGAGGUCCUGGUUCAGUCGGCGAUGCAACGAAUAAACCAGGCUCAAGCCACUGGCCAGACCGAUGUUCAUCUAAGAAAGGAAGAACUUGAGGCUCUUGCACAGCGACGGAAACGUAUGGAAGAGGAGGAGCGAGCGAGACGCAAGAAGCAGCGCCACUCGGGAGGCGGGAGUGAUCGAAAGAAGAAGUCGGAGCAGCGGAUAGCCGUGCCAUUGACACAGUUCGCACCGGUCUCGCGCAAAAAGAAAUCGUCACUGCCGGCAUCAAUGGAGUUUCCCCCAAGACAGGAUUCCCUUCCGCGGCAAAUAGCAGGCGGCGACCUACCGGCAGAUGGUCGUGACCGACAAGGAUACCCACCCAUGGGAUACUUCCCGCCUCCUUCUGCGUCUCGUUCGCGACCUCGCUCUGGGACAAGCUCAUCGCAACGGCCGCCCAGUCGCGCGCGCGACGAGUACGAAUACAGCUCCUCCCGACCACGCUCAUCAGUGGGCUCUCUCCGGGAUACUCACCUUGAUCCGUUCCAAUAUCAGACAGCAGGUCCGCACGCGCCAUACCCCCCGGGCGCUGCAGCUGCUUCUUCGAGACGGCAUGCGUCGGGACCUUCCGAGGUCAUGCAUGACCAACGUCGGAGCACGGUGAACCCCCCCGCAGCUAGGAGCAGCCACGGGUCCAGGCGAACCAGCUACGGCGGGGACACCAGUGACGCCCACAGCUCAAACAGCGAGGACAGUAACAGUGAUGGUCGUGUGCAGCCGCCGAUUCGGGAACCAGUUAGUAAGACCAGGGAAAGGGGUCGGAAUUCGACAAUAGUCGUGGAGGAGUCGCCUGAACGUGUAAGGAGUAAGAAGAAGUCAUCGUCGCCAGUGAAGCGGAAGCAGGUUGCAGGGAAGAAGAAGAAGAAGUAA